UUUCCAGGAUUUGACUAUUUAAGAUUUCCAGUGUCUGUAACACUUUACUGUUUGGCUUUUUCUGCUGGUAGAAAACUGCAAAACCAAUUGUUUGUUGGCAGGAUGUCAUCUCAGAUAUAUCAACAGCCUUUUGAAAAUACACUGGAAAAAAAAAUCUGGAUUUCCUAUAUCAGUAUUAAAUAUGUUGUCUUUAUUUGACAAUAGUAUGCAGCCUUUUGCAGCCUAAUUAUGCAGCCAACAAGUUAGAUUCCAUAUUGUGUGUUCUUUAGGCAUUUGCACCUCCGAGUUUUCUGCAGUUAGCUGAUUUGUCUUCUGGGCUUUUCCUUUGGCAAAAUAAUGUGUCCUUUACCUUUGCUAUCCAGUUGCUGACUGUAGCAAAACAAAAAAUUAAUAGUUCAUAACAAACAAAAAAAAAAUCUCAUGUCAAGCAUAAUCAAUGAAAUUCUGCAAAGACGCAUAUGGCAGAAUUUACACUUUGCAAGAUCUAUCAUAAAAAGUUUGCGUUAGUAAAUCUUUGAGAAGGCAUUUUUAGCUCCCUGCAGUCAGUUUAAAACUGGAAAGCUAGCAUUCUGAUUUGGAAGCUAAACUCUUUUCUUAAAAUAAAUUGAGAGUUUGUGUGUAUGUGAAAAAAUAUUUAAGAUGGGAAUUAAUUAAUCUCUUUAGACUGAAUACACUUCAUCAAUCUGGGGGGCAAAAUAACAGGCUUUUAAAUAUUGUGCACAUUCAGCAACAGAUGUGGUUUCUGAUUAUGUCAAGCAGGAAGGAAAAACCUUGCCUUGCUUCACCUAUCCAGAAUCUUGGGACUAAGGAGCAACUAAGCAUUCAAUUAGUUAUACUGCAGACUGCUGGUUCCAUAUUCUCCAGAGCUUUUGCUGUCAAUUCAACCUUAAUGGUACGUUUAAAAAAAGUCAUCUUGCUGUACCAUUUGCUACUUUGAGAUCUGAGUUGUAGAGGGAUUACAAGAGCUUAUGAGGAAGUUCUGCUGUGAAAGAGAAAACCAGUGGCAAGACAAAAUUGCUGAACAUAAGGAGCAUCUAACAGGAAAAGACGGAGAAGGGUAGCUGGAACAGCAAGUGGAGAAUCAUGAACUGAGGUACAGAAUGAGACCUUGUAUGCAGCACAGGCGGGGGAGAUCAUGUGGCUUGCAUGGCUACUGCAAGGAUGAAAGGUCUUAAAUGGACAGUGUCUUGCAAUUUUCCCCUGUUUGGGUGAUGGCUUAAUCAUUUGUAUUUGGAGGAUGAAAUAUGUUGAAAGAAUGAAGAAGACCAUACAGAAGCGACCAAUCCGAACAUUUGCUAACGAUGACCGACAUGUUAUGGCAAAACAUUCCUCGGUGUAUCCUUCCCAAGAGGAGCUUGAGGCUGUGCAGAAUAUGGUUUCAACAGUUGAAUGUGCGUUGAAACAUGUAUCGGACUAUUUGGAUGAAACUAAUCUGCAGACCGUCAAUUUGGAUACCAGUGAAGAUGGAGCAACAGAUGUGAAGAAAAGCAGCAUUUCAGAGAGCAAUACAAAUGAACAGAGUGGUCGAGUAUUGUGUGGAGUGAUGCGAAUUGGAUUGGUUGCAAAGGGUUUACUGAUAAAGGGGGACCUGGAUUUGGAGCUUGUGCUGAUGUGUAAAGAAAAGCCAACUGAGAAGUUAUUACACACUGUCUAUACCAAUUUACCAAUACAAAUACAGAAACUUUCAGAAGAAAAGUAUGAAGUUGAGAAGUGUGUGGAAGAAGCAGCUAUUACUGUUCAAAAUACAAAAGAACCCAAGUUGACACUCAAGAUUAUUCUGAGUUCUCCAGUGGUGAGAGAUGAAAUGGAAAAGAAAGAAGAUGGAGUAGAAAAUUUUGCGAUGAAAGAUCCACCGGACUUAUUGGACAGGCAGAAAUGCCUAAACGCCUUGGCGUCUCUGCGACAUGCCAAAUGGUUUCAGGCAAGGGCAAAUGGAUUAAAGUCAUGUGUAAUUGUGAUUCGUAUUCUACGUGAUUUAUGCAACAGAGUGCCCACAUGGGGACCAUUGAAAGGCUGGCCCCUUGAACUUAUUUGUGAAAAAGCCAUAGGUACUAGUAAUAGACCAUUAGGGGCUGGUGAAGCCUUGAGACGUGUAAUGGAGUGCUUGGCAUCAGGGAUUCUCCUACCUGGUGGUCCAGGAUUACAUGAUCCUUGUGAAAAAGAUCUAACUGAUGUGUUAAUCUCAAUGACUCCUCAGGAAAUGGACAACAUUACUCAUAGUGCCCAGCAUGCUCUUAGACUCAUGGCCUUUGGUCAAAUCUACAAAGUAUUGGAGAUGGACCCACUUCCAUCAACAAGAACCUCCAUUCAAAAAUGGUCCAGAUCUGUGAAUGAGCGAGAUGGUUUUUUUGCAGGUCCACUGUCAGUACCAUUGAAGAGACCGUAUGAAGAUGGUAUGGGAGAUGACAAAGAUCCAAAUAAAAAGAUGAAAAGGAACCUGAGAAAAAUAAUGGAAAGCAAAACAAUAGACGUUAACCAACCUAUGAAUGCUCUGAUGAGGCUGAAUCAAAUUAAACCUGGUUUGCAAUACAAGCUUCUUUCACAAUCUGGUCCUGUGCAUGCACCUGUUUUCACUAUGUCUGUGGAUGUUGAUGGAAAAACCUAUGAAGCCUCAGGACCUUCCAAAAAAACAGCCAAACUUAAUGUAGCAGUUAAGGUACUGCAAGCUAUGGGCUGUCCAACUGGUAUGGAUUUAAAGAUGGGUUUUGAAUCUCAGGAGAUGGAAGAAAAGUCCUCAGGCGAUGAUAAGAAUGAAACGGUUUCUACAAAUUCUAGCAAUGACACAGUUGGCUGUGCUACUGCUGCUAGUACCAAUACUCUAGAGAUGAGAACACAGGGCCCAAUCCUAACGGCCAGUGGAAAAAAUCCAGUUAUGGAGCUAAAUGAGAAGAGAAGGGGUUUGAAAUAUGAAUUGAUAUCUGAAACUGGUGGUAGUCAUGACAAACGCUUUGUUAUGGAGGUGGAAGUAGAUGGUCAGAAGUUCAAAGGAGCAGGCCCUAAUAAGAAAGUCGCAAAAGCCAGUGCUGCUUUAGCAGCCCUUGAAAGAUUGUUUUCUGGUCCAAGUGCUGCAAACAACAAGAAAAAGAGGACAGGUCCUCCGGCUAAGGGUCCAAUCCCUACUCCAGCAGCUGCAGUCCAGACGCUCAGAGGCAGAGGCAGAGGAGCCUUGAGCAGAGGAGCAUUUGCUGGUGCAGCAGUAACAGCUGCUCCAGGAUAUCUAACACCAGGUUAUGGGGCACCAUAUGGAUACAGUGCUGCUGCCCCAGCUUACGGUUUGCCAGGCAAGAGAAUGCUUCUGUUCCCUGUUAUGAAAAUUCCAACAUAUCCUGUUCCCCUUUACUCCUUUUUCAGCUAAUUACUGUAUUAGAAGCCUAACAACUGAUUCUGAUCACAAUAGCAAAAAAAGUGAGCAUUAGGAGAAAAAAGUUGCUUUUUUAAUUAAAUUUCUUUUGAAAAUGUUGUAUGAAGCAAAUUAUUUGUAAAAUAAUUUUUCCUAUCUUUUUGAUUUUAACAAAAAGGCUUAGUUCAUUAAAACUUGAAGAUGUACUGUGAAAUGUUACCUCAUUCUCAAUAUAACUUAUGCCAGCCUUCUGUGGUAGAAAGUAAUAAACUUUUAAAAAAAACCUCACAGACAUUUUAAUUGAAUCAUAGCUUCUGAAGAAUUUUAUGGAAGCUUAUUUGUGAAGGAUGUAUAGAUAAUAGAUCUCUGAUCACAAAUAAACACUUUGUUUCAGAACUA